AUGUCUCAUCUCAACCUCAACCUAGUGCCAGUCGACGCCGAGAUAAACCUCAACUUUCCUGCAAUAGUUGUCGACGCCGCAAGAUUAGAUGUGAUCGUCAACGUCCCUGUAGAACCUGCUCCUCUAGGGGCCAGGAUUGUGUCUAUCCAGAAACCAACGACACUAUCCCACCUCCAAAGGUCACAUCUAGUGGCGCUCCCAAUAUAA